AUGGCGGAUACUCCUUUGUCCGCCUUUCAGGGCACUUUAACGUCGCUGACAGCUCGAGACUGGAUAGUAUCUGUCAUAUCAGCGUGGCUUGCUUUUAAAAUUCUGCAAGCAUUGUAUAAUGUUUCGCCUCUUCAUCCGCUUAGCAAGAUCCCUGGUCCAAAACUCGCCGCGGCAACAUAUCUGCCCGAAUUCUACUAUGAUGUAAUCCUCGUCGGCCGCUACACCCAUGCUAUCAAGCAGAUGCAUGAGAAAUACGGCCCAAUUGUCCGCAUCAAUCCCAAUGAGCUGCACUGCGCUGACAUGUCCUUUUCGGACGAAAUCUACGCCGUCGGCGGUCGCAAACGCGAUAAGCCCUUUCAUCAAGUAAAUGGAUCCGCAGCUGGUACUGGAAAUGCCUUUGGCACCCCUGAUCACGACCUCCAUCGUGCGAGACGUGCACCCGUCGCUAAGUUCUUCUCGCGAGCCAUGAUUGCGCGUCUCGAACAAGAAGUCCACGACCUGGCGCAAAAGCUGUGCAACAAGCUCUUGGCCGAGAACAAGGAUGAAAAGGAUCGUAAGCCGUUUGAAAUCGCGCAUGCAUACAGCUGCUUUACAUCUGAUGCUAUCUCAAGCUACUGCUUCGGCGAAGCUUUUGGGUUACUAUCACGAAAUCAGUGGCAGCCUAACUACCGCGAAGCCACUCUCGCUGUUCUCAAACCAGUGUUCUUCUUCCGCUUCUUUCCUGUUCUUGUUUCUAGUGUGAAGCUGGGUAAAUAUUUUGUUGACUUAUUGCCGACUGAUAUUGCGCUUCUCAUUCGAACUCUACAAAUCGACAUCCCAUCGCGCGUUCAAAAGACGAAAAACGAGCUGGAUGCAGGUAUUGUCUAUGAUCGACCGACUAUUUUUGCUGAUCUACUUCAAUCGGAGCUUGAUGAUAGUGAGAAGAAGCAGGAUCGUCUUGUUGAGGAGGCUGUUACUAUCGUCAACGCUGGGACUGAAACGACGAGCUGGGCAUUGGCUGUGAUAACAUACUUCCUCUUAUCGCAGCCCGAGACUCUUGCAAAGCUACAAGAUGAACUGAGUCAAGUUGUUGAAGAUCCAUGCCACUUGCCUUCUUGGACGACAUUGGAGCAGCUUCCAUAUCUCGGAGCGGUCAUCAACGAAGGUCUGCGUCUGUCAUACGGUGUUUCUAGCCGCACGGCUCGUGUGCCUACAACAGAAGACCUUAUUUACAAGGGAGAGUUCAACAAAAAGCCGACGACCUUAGUGCUACCUCGAGGCUAUGCAAUCGGCAUGUCGGCGGCAAUCGCACACCACGAUGAGUCUGUCUUUCCAGACUCGUAUACCUUUGCUCCUGAACGGUGGAUCGAUGAGGACAGCAAGAUCAGGAAGGAUUUGGAGAGGUCGAUGAUUGCGUUUUCUAAGGGCAGUCGUGGAUGUCUCGGUAAAAAUCUUGCGUUAUGCGAGUUGUACCUCUCUCUCGCUGCUCUGGUUUUGCGGGUAAUGCCCUACAUGCGUCUGUACGAGACAACGGAGCGGGAUGUUCGCUAUGACCAUGACAUGUUCAUUCCGAUGACGGAGAGCGGAAGCAAGGGGAUCAGAGUAAUUAUCGAGAGCUAG